AUGACGAACAACACUGUAGUAGACUGUGAGCAGGAUGAUCAUAUUCUAGCAGCAGCACUUCUUGCUGUGACUGGAACUACCGGUUUCUUGAUCAACAUUUUCGUCAUCAUUCGAAUAAAAGGGGCACCACUGUUUUUCGGCCCUUAUAUGUACACAUGCAUAUCUCGCCUUAUUUGUGAUACUGGAGGGCUGCUUAUUUAUAGUUUAUGGAUAAGCCCUCUAGUAUUUUUGGUCAUAUUCACUGGGAAAAAUCUCAUAAUUUUUAUGUUCUGCUUCUGGAUGCCGCCUGUUCUUCUUGUUAGUAUAUAUCUGAUAGUUUCGUUAUUCUUUUCUUCAACAGGCAUGUACUUUUUUGCCAGUGAAGUAGUUUUCAAAUGGAUAGCAGGAUAA